AUGCAUUUCGAGGCGGCGUUCGUGCUGCUGAUUGCGCUCGGCGCUGCAUCGGGACGCUAUUUGGGCAAGGAAAUUGGACCUCUUUCGCAACUCCAUCAUGGCGUGCGGGGUACCGUAUACGCUGUGGACUCACGCACACUGUACCUUCACGACUUUCACUACGAUGGCGAGGGACCAGCGGCCUUUUUCUACGUGGGAACAUCGAAAAGCGUGACCGCGACGGGAGCGAUCCGACUACGAGACGAGCGCGGAGGCACGGGACCCUUGCGGCGGUACCGCGGCGAGGGACUGACGCUCUCCCUCCCUGAUGGGAAGACCCUACGCGAUGUCACUUGGUUCUCCGUCUGGUGUGAUGAAUAUUCGGUGAAUUUUGGAAGUGUCAACAUCCCCGCCAACUUUGACUAUCCUAAGCCAGCAAAGUUGAAUGCGUUGCGCGGAGUGCACGGUGUCUCAUCUGAGCCUAUCGUGGUUGUGGACGCGCAGACUCUCCUCAUUCCCAACUUCUCUUACGAUGGAGAGGCUCCUGAUGCAAAAUUCUGGGUGGGUCGUGGCGACAAGCCGUCACCGCAGGGCAUCCGCAUUCCCGACGAGAACGGCAAGGAGACCCCGCUGCGCAAGUACGACAAGAAGACAAUCGUCCUGACGCUACCUGGGGAGCUGACAGUAUUCGAUAUUGGCCACUUCGCGGUGUGGUGCGAGGCGUUCACCGUUAACUUCGGUCACAUCACGCUGCCGCGAACGCAACUUGCCAACGUGCCGCCAAGCCUCAAGAUGUUGGGAGUCUCUCCCCAGAGUCGCAACAAAGCCCUGGUUGGUGGCGCUGCACCCCCUACGUCUGAAGCUCGACCCACUUCACCCCGCAAGUUCAAGCCCAUCGCUCGCCUUGACGCAACCACGUACCGUCCCUCGCGCCUUGGAGCCGGUCCACUCGUGGCACUUCUCGAACAAGCUGGCUCACAUUCGCAACACCGUAGAGCUGAUACCUCCUUGCCCUCUCCUGAUCAACUAGUUACAAACCCAAAUAUACAAAACUCCAGGGAGAAAUAUCACCAAAAGAAUGAAAUGCAUAAAGAAUGGAAGCCUCAAGAAGCGGGUUAUUCUAAUCAACAAGAUGCUUUUUUUGGACAACAGAAAAAUGAGCCUCAAUAUCAGCCACAAACUCAGUCGACUGAUGACUAUUACUAUCAGGAACAGUUGUUGAAUAGACAAAAUCAAGAGUUAUUACGUCAACAAGAACUGUACGAACAACAACGAAGGGCUUAUGAACAGGAUAUUCAAAAAGAGCACUAUCGUCAGCUUGAGCUUCGACAACAAGAGCCUUAUAAGUAUCGUUUUUUGCAAUACACAAACGAUGGUCAAUCUCAAAACCACCACGUUCCUGGCGAUGUGACGAUCCAAAGGAGCAUUGACCUUGACCCAUCAAAACUGAAUUGCGAGGUGCUGCACGACGAGCUGGCGUUUGAAGUGCGAUGGGCUAUCGCCGGAGACAGCAUCGUGUUGCAACUGGUGGCCAGACUUGAGGACGACGAAUACAUGUCGUUCGGUAUCUCUGGCAACCCAAAACACUCCCAGAUGGUGGGUGGUGAUGUGGCCGUGGCCUGGGUAGACAAGUCGACUCUCAAAGGCUACUCUGUUGACUAUUACCUGGACGCCAAGAGUCAGUGUGCUGGCGUACACGGAUCUUGUCCCGAUGAGAGGCUUGCUGAAAAUACAAACUCAAUCCGGCUGCUGAACGCAGCUCUCGUCAACGGCUACUCCAUAGUGACGUAUCAGCGUGCGCUGAAGGCCGCUGACAAACUUGAUCUGCCCAUCUACACCAAUGCCAGCCAGACUAUUAUAUGGGCGAUUGGACCUCUUAAUUCACUUGACGAAGUGUCUUAUCAUCAUCACUACACCAAGGGUGACAGGUUCAUAGAGUUCGGAAGGGCUCCAGUGUGGAACUGCCCCAUGCCGGAAGGUGAGGACGAGCCCCAACAGCACGCGCAUAACACCCAGCCGCCCCACCACGCUCCACACAAAGAACAUGAGAGUACAGUAAUUAAACCCAAUCCAAUACCAACUCCGAAACCAACCGCGAAGGUUACGCCCUGGGAAAUCCCCGGCAUCCAAUGCUAUGAGCCUCCAGAUGGUGUCUUCUACGCGCAAAUGGGACCCACUGGAGGGAAGCAAGGCUACUCCGCAAUAACAGGUCAUGUUGGCUGGGGAAUCUCAUGGUACAUCAACGGUCUGCUGAUCCCGGAGAUCACGGUGGUGCGCGGCAACAAGUACACCUUCGUAGUGGAAGGAGGCAACAACCCCGAAGUUCCAGCUCGGUACCAUCCCUUCUACAUUACCAAUGACCCUGUUGGUGGCUACUACCACAAGACCGACGAGGAAAAAAAGGGGGUGGAAAUCUACGCGGGAGUCCGACGCACACGCAGUGGUGAUUUGAUUCCAACGGGCGUAGGGCGCCUUUGUAAUUGGACGCCAGAUAAUUCCGGACCAGAGGCCGACGAGUAUCCCAGCUUUGGAGCUUAUCAACGCUCGCUCACACUCGUCUGCGAAGAAGGAAACCCGGGCGUCGUCACUUGGACCCCCGAUAGAAAUACUCCGGAUACUGUUUACUAUCAGUGUUUCACACAUCGUUAUCUCGGUUGGAAGAUAAAUGUAGUAGACGAUUGUGAUGCUGCAGAGGCUGAGGAAAGCAGAAUAAUCGAAAGUGUCGCUCUUCCAGGGGAUUUGUUUAGUGAGGAGUCUAUACAGUAG